UCCCGUGACGCGUGCGCCGCCGUUGCAGCCUUCAGCCAGUAACGUCUCGAGGCGCGGUGCGCGUGCACGUAGAUAAUUCACGCCACCUCGCGCGAUUCCGGUUUCUAUUGCCUUUCUGUUGUGUUGUGCGCGCGCCAGUUGGAUGUGUAUUAUAAUGGUCCGGUCGCGUGUGUUUUGUCCGACCGGGGGUGUUUUCGAGUGCGCGUCAAACAUUGCACACGUCGUAUUAUUAUUAUAAUUGUUGUUGUUAAUUUAUUCGGUCGCGUUAAACCGGUUGUUGACCUCGGGCGCGAGCGAGCGAGCGGCAACGGUGACCGCCCCGGUCAUCUCGGACAGUCGCAAAUGUCGUUGGACCCGGCCGCCGCAGCCACCGCCACCGCUACAGCCGUCGCGACCGACGACGCCCGCUACCACCGACAUCUGCACCACCGUUACCGGCACAAGCGACCGUCGCCGUCGCCUCGACAGACUCCGGCCAACAUCACGGAUGUAGACACUCUUCAUCCCGUACAGUACACGGGAUCUGUUGCGGUUAACUGUCACGAUCAGAUGGCACGAGUCGAAUUUGUCAGGAACCUAAUGGCCAAACACAGAAAGGUUUCAAUCGAAAAAGAAGUUUGUUUGUUGAUAACUGUAACUGGUAUUAAAGUAUGCAGCUCAGAUGGCAAGGAAGUAUUAAUGGCUCAUGGUCUCAAAAGGGUGUCAUACGCCACGUGCGAUCCAGGUUGUAAACAGUUUUGUUUCCUGGCCAGACAACCAGGCGGGCACAUCAAUAAACAAUACUGUCAUCUGUUUGUUACAAAGACGGCUGAACAGGCCGAGGGAUUGAACUCCAUUGUGGGAAAUGCGUUUAGAAUGGCGUAUGCUGCCCAAUUGGAGCUUGAAAGAAGAUCACUGUCCAACUCGCCCAAUAUAAAACUGAAUAACUCUUCUUGGGUAAGAAAAAAUGAUGUCUUAAGAGGAUGUCAGCGCAGCGAUUUACCGAUCAAAACACCUGACAAAUUAAAUGUACAGAGAAUUCAAAACGGAUCACCAUUAUCGAAAAAACUUGCCGACAAAACAAAACCUAUUCCUCCUAAAACUCUACCCGGUGUACGCCCCUUUGAUCACGGAAAGGGCUUAGACAUUACGCCCGGUCAAUUAUCUACACCAACUAGCAGUGACGAUAGUCCUGAUCUUAAUACCUAUAAACGUAUGCUAGACAAACCACCUUUAAUAAAACGUCUAGCCAUGGGUUUAUCUGUACACACCAAUAGCUCUAACGAAGACUGGUAUCCAUUAGUGUGCAGUUCCUCUGUAUCUAGUUCACCGUCUACUAAUAGCGACGAUUGCAGCACACCGGAAUCUCCUCAAGACAAACUAAAAGACAACAGGGUCACUCAAUGUAAUAUGACUUCACCUGUUUUACCUAACAGCAUUAAGCUUAAACACAACAUGAUAUCCAAUGGUACAGAUAAAACUCCUACGCCACCGCCUCUACCAGAACGUUCAGACAGUCUUCUAGAAAAACCUGAAGAGUGUGAACUCAAAAAAGCACCUUGGUUCCAAGCCGGUAUUCCAAGAGAAAUCACAUUAGAAGUUUUAAGUCAAGAACCAGUUGGUGCUUUCAUGGUUCGAGAAAGCACUACCAAACCAGGGUGUUUUGCAUUGUCUCUGAGGGUACCACAUGAAUUUCACCAUUUGGGAAUAGCACACUACCUAAUAAUCAGGACAAAUAAAGGGUUUAAAAUUAAGGGAUUUACGAAAGAAUUCACUACGUUAACCGCACUGAUUACUCAUCAUUCUGUUAUGCCAGAGCUAUUGCCUUGCCCCUUAUCUCUGAGUAGAUACAAUCCAACAUUCGUUAAAUCAGAUUCAAAUCAAGAUUUUGCAGAUAUAGACGCCGAUCCAGAUUAUAAUACACUUGCUGACUUCCGAAAAGUUAUGGCAGAUUUAAAUGUGUAAAAUAUAAAAAAAAAUGAAACAAGCCACAUUAAUAGUAAUAACAAGAAUUUAGUAUUUUUAUUUUAUUUUAUUAUGUACCAUUAAAUAUAAAUAUAAAAUAUUUAUACAAUUUCUAGCAAAAUUAAAAAUAACUUUUAUUCGAAAUUUUAAUUUUUUAUUAGAAAUCAUGCAACAUUUUAGAUUAAUUUGGCUUGUUGAAUACCUAAUAUAAUUAAAAAUAAAUAAAAAUUGAACAAUAUCAUUUGUUUUCAUUACAAACUAAUCUAGCCAUACUUUUAAUUUUGUAUGAACUACUGUAAUAUUUUUUUCAAUAAUCAUCUAUGCCGAAUGAUCAAAAG